AUGUCUCAACAAUCCAACUCUUCUCCUUCCAAGAACAUGCAUUGGUCUCCACAUGCAAGAAGACCUAAAGAAACUGUAUCAGGCUUCUCCUCAUCCAUCGUUCUUGAGGAACGAACCAAAGAAGGUUCCAAGUAUGUUCACAACGCCAUUGCCACUAUAGCGACUGGAAUAAUGUCUGGAAAUCAUGAGGUCCCUGGGGUUUCCAUUCCCCUAAACACUAUUGAACCUGAUAGUGGUGCAGAUCAAAAAAAUACUGAGCCUUUAGGAAAGAAUAUCUAUGAUGAUGUUGAGCAAAUUGAUGCUCAUAAGGAGUCAAAUGUUGUCAAACCCUUAGAUAAUGUGGCUGGUGAGGAAGUUCAUGUCACUCAUGAUGUCAAUGACAACCCUAACUGUGAGGCUGAAACAGUAGACCUGGAGGAAUUUUCUGAUAAUGAGCUGUUGUCCUGUGUCCUCCCUAGCAUAGCCAAAAGGGUUAGGACUAGGAGAGAAAAGAAAACUGUGGCUCAAAGGUCCCUCAGAAAGAAGAUUGAUGUUCCAACCUCUUCAAAGACAACGGUGGCAGUCGAGAGUUCCCUCAAGAGGAAAGUUCAUGGUCUAACCAAAUCUUGGAGCAAAGUGGUGCCCAAGAAAAAGAAGACCAAGUUUGUUGUUAUUGAGUCUGACUCAGAUGUUCCUUGUAAUGUCUCUGACAUUCUAUCAAAGAAGAAGCCAACCACUAGCAAGCUUGCAGCUAGUGUCCCUAAGGUACCAAUUGACAACAUAUCUUUUCAUUUUGCUUCAAGUGUAAACAGGUGGAAAUAUGUUUAUCAGAAGAGGCUGGCUUUGGAAAGGGACUUAGCUCAGAAUGUCCUAGACUGUAAGGAUAUUAUGGAUCUUAUUCAAGAGGCUGGUUUAAUGAAGACUGUGACUCAGUUUUCAAAGUGCUAUGAGAUGUUGUUGGGAAGGCCUGAUGAAGCUCAACCUGAGCUUAAGGUGACUGACAACAAAAUCUGUCAAGUCAUCACUGCUAAUCAGGUAAGGAAGUGGCCUCUCAAAGGAAAAUUGGUGGCAAGUAAACUGAGUGUCAAGUAUGCAAUGCUGCACAAGAUUGGAAUUGCUAACUGGGUGCCCACCAAUCAUAAAUCUACAGUUGCUGUAAUGCUUGGAAAGUUUAUAUAUGUUGUUGGAACCAAAGCUAAAUUUGACUAUGGCUCCUAUAUUUUUUAUCAAACUUUGAAGCAUGCAGGAAGCUUCAGUGCGAAGGGUCCUAUAGCCUUUUCUUCUCUCAUCUAUGGUAUUAUUUUGAAUCAGUUUCCAAACAUCUUAAUUGAGAAUGAUUCUGUGAAGAAAAGAGACAGCCCUAUGUCUUUCAAUCAUAAGCUGUUCCUAGGUACCCAUGUCCCUGACAUUGUCAUGACAUCAGGUGAGACAUCACAUGUAAGCAAUCAGCCAGGUAAAGCUGUUGUCAUUGCAAUGCUCAAAGAAACCUGCAGGGAAUUAGAGGCAAGGAAGCUGAACUUGGAAAAAUUGAUUAGCUCUUUGGAGAUGACUGAAGGUGAUGUGCUAGCUGAUGGUGGAGAAUUUGGUGAAGUUGUUGCUGUUGCAGAAGAAGCUGAAAGACAAGGUAAAGAGGGAGAAACAGAUGCCAGUCCUGAUGAUGGCACAGAUGAUGAUGAUGACUCUGAGUCAGAUGACUAG